CUUCGUCCUUCUUCACCAUCGCCACUCUGCUCCGUUCUACAUUUAGAAGAGACUGACCAAAAUCUCCCAUUAAUGGCGUUACUCCGAUCAAAACUCCAUCUUUCUCGAACCCUUUCCUUCAUCUCUCCUCUUCUACCCAAAACCUUCUCCACCUCGGCAACUUCUCUACUCAGUGACCAUGAAAACGACGAAUCCGCCGCCACCAUAACCGCCGCCGUCUCUGUCCCAAUCUCACCUCUGUUAACUCCGGAAGACACACAAACCGUAGAAAAGUUCCAUUCAAUCAUCAAAGACCACUAUCGCAAAAACCCUACAAGCCCCAACGACGCCAUCUUAAACCCUAGCUUAACUCUCCAUGCUCUCUCCCUCGAUUUCUCCCAAAUUGAAACUUCCCAAGUCUCUCCCUCCGUCGUCCGAUGCGUGAUAGAGAAGUGCGGCAGUGUCCGCCACGGAAUCCCUCUUCACCAAUCUCUAGCUUUCUUCAAUUGGGCAACUUCACGAGACGAUUACGACCACAAAUCACCUCAUCCUUACAACGAAAUGAUCGAUCUUUCAGGAAAGGUUAGACAAUUCGACUUAGCUUGGCAUUUGAUUGAUCUAAUGAAAUCCAGAAACGUAGAGAUUUCGAUUGAAACCUUCACGAUUUUGAUUAGACGUUAUGUUAGAGCUGGAUUAGCUUCAGAGGCUGUACAUUGCUUUAAUCGUAUGGAAGAUUACGGUUGCGUACCUGAUAAAAUCGCGUUUUCCAUAGUUAUUAGUAACCUUUCUAGGAAGAGGAGAGCUAGUGAAGCUCAGUCGUUUUUCGAUAGUUUGAAAGAUAGAUUCGAGCCUGAUGUUAUAGUUUACACCAAUUUGGUUCGUGGUUGGUGUAGAGCUGGUGAAAUCUCUGAGGCAGAGAAAGUGUUCAAGGAGAUGAAGUUGGCUGGGAUUGAACCUAAUGUGUAUACUUACAGUAUUGUGAUCGAUGCGUUGUGUAGAUGCGGGCAAAUCAGCCGUGCGCAUGAUGUGUUUGCGGAUAUGUUAGAUUCAGGUUGUGCGCCGAAUGCGAUUACUUUUAACAACUUGAUGAGGGUUCAUGUGAAAGCAGGAAGAACAGAGAAGGUUUUGCAGGUUUAUAACCAGAUGAAGAAGCUAGGAUGUGAGCCUGAUACUAUUACUUAUAACUUCCUUAUUGAGGCUCAUUGCAGAGACGAGAAUCUGGAAAACGCGGUCAAGGUUUUGAACACGAUGAUCAAGAAGAAGUGUGAAGUGAAUGCUUCGACUUUCAAUACGAUAUUUAGGUACAUUGAGAAGAAGAGAGACGUGAAUGGCGCUCAUAGGAUGUAUUCGAAGAUGAUGGAAGCGAAAUGUGAGCCGAAUACGGUGACUUAUAAUAUACUGAUGAGGAUGUUUGUCGGGUCAAAAUCUACUGAUAUGGUUCUGAAGAUGAAGAAAGAGAUGGAUGAUAAAGAAGUUGAGCCGAAUGUGAAUACUUAUAGGCUUUUGGUUACGAUGUUUUGUGGGAUGGGACAUUGGAAUAAUGCUUAUAAGUUGUUUAAAGAAAUGGUUGAAGAGAAGUGUUUGACACCGAGCUUGUCUUUAUAUGAGAUGGUUCUUGCUCAGUUAAGAAGAGCUGGGCAAUUGAAGAAGCAUGAAGAGCUGGUGGAGAAGAUGAUUCAGAAGGGACUCGUUGCUCGGCCAUUGUAGGAACCCUUCCAAGUAUCAAAGAAGAAGCUUUUUUUUCUCAGGAGUUUUUAAGGAUAUUUUCAAGCAAUUUUCUUGUAACUUUGUUUUGGUACAACAUUUGGUUAUCAAGAAGUAUUAUUGUACCAUGUACUCUUUUUUUAACUCUCAUUUUCUACUAUGUUUUACUUGCAUCAUGUGUAUUAUUUCAUAAAUAUUUAAAAAGAGGAGGAUAAAAUUUGGCU